UGAAAAUAAUAAUUUUUUAAAAUUAUAUUCGAAUAUGAAAAAAAUUAAAAUCUAGCGUGAAUUUCGAAUUUCUCAGAGUUCCCACUCAAGAGGGCGGUUGUUUAUUGUGGCGUAAUCGUCGAGAUGUCCCAGAGGCUCAAAUAAAAACGAAAAACACACGUGUUGAAAGUUUAUCUGAAGUCUAAAUUAAAUCCCUUCAGGUUUUCAGAUAGUUUUUGCCUAUUUAAAGAUUAUUACUUUGCGACUACAUUUUUAUUUCAUGAGAUUUCAUGCAGUACAACGGUUCAACGAGUUCCGUCAGGGCUGCCCAGAAGAGUCUUAUCUCUGAAGACAUUCUCUGGAUUUCACAGUCACACAACCUGACUAGCACUGGAGUUAUUCAACAUUCAGAAAUGUCUCUAUCCAGUGAACACAAGCUUGAACUUGAAACUCAUCAUUCAAGUACCAUAUUUUGUGAUAUGAUGUCACCCGAUGAAUGGAAGAGUUCCCUUCCUAUGGUUCUCCAACAAAAUGAUGCUUCAGGGGUUCCUUCACCAACAUCUCCAUCAAAUUCAAUUGAAAACCUUGUUUUGGAACUUGAAAACAGUAAUCAGGAUAUUGACAUGGGAAGUCCCUUUACACAAUGCUCUGAUAGUCUGCUGCUAAAAGUGCCUUUUUCUGAUAAAUAUGAAGAAGAAGAACUAGUGUGCAAUAUGGAUACUGAGGAUGUAAAUGACAUGCUUUUUGGUAUGUUGGGAACUGAAAAGGAGAUUGACUCUGAUACAGGGAAGCUGCCAUCUUCGACUGAAAAGCAGAGCCCUGUUUUAGUAGCAGAUGCGGUACAUACAAAUAAAGGAAUCGAAAAUAGGUUGACAUCCCCCGAUCCCCUUUCCAUUGGGCUGUUCGCUGAAGAUUCACUGACUGAUGCAAUGAUUCCUCAAACAAUUGUAGAGGCACCUACAACUACUCCUGAUUCACAACCGGAAGCGACAGAAGAUGUACCAAAACCCCCAAACGAUAGGAAGCAUUCUUCUCUUCCGUGCUUGACUAGCCGAUUAGCGGAAGUUAUCCACUGCAAUAGCCGAGACGAUGUCAGCAUACUACAAAAAGCUACUUCAACAAUAUCGACGUUACGUCAACAGGCAUGCGAUUUGAUGUCAACUUAUUCCCAGCUGAAGUUUCAAAACGAUGAAUUAAUGCAACAGCAAAAUCUGUUGCAGUCCGAACAAUCUUUGUGUGACUCGGAUGCAACUAUAUCCAAAGGUUGUCCUUUGACUAUUGAAGUUCUGAUCCCUUUCGGUGGUGCAAAAAAGGCCUUUGGUUCAGCACCCCUUUACCAUCAUAUUCCUAUAGAAGACGGCCAAAUACCAAUCACAUCCGGAGAAGAGUGUCCAACUGAGGAAAACGUCAUGGAUGAGCCUUACGAAGAACAAUAUGAUGCUCCUAUGGUUGUUAAUCCUACUUCAAAAAGUAAUCCCUGCCAAACUAAGAAACUUUGCUGCGAGUUGGGUUGCAUUUGUUCCAGUUUGCAGAAUGCCGGAAAGCUUCCCGUGGAACAUUGCAAAAAUCCUGACUGCAUGCUGGAACCCAAUUGCACCCAAUCUGGAGAUCCAUCGCAUACUCCCAAAACCGUCUUCUCUAUCAUAAAAGAUGGAAAAGUCAAACCAGCCGUCGUAGAGAAUAGUCUUGAGUCGAAUCCAAACGCGGAAGUAGUUUCAGUAAGAAAUAUUUCCAAAACCGAAAAAGUGCCAGUAUCUCGUUCCAGAAAAUCUGUGACCAAAAAGAAAUUAGCGUCAGUGAAAAGGACACGUAGCACAACUGUAAAGCCAAAAGAGAAUGAAGUGAUUCUACUUGAUGAUCCCAAAAUUGAUCCAAAGGAUCUAAAAAUUGACCCCAAGCAUAAAAAAUUGCUGAGAGAGUGUGAAGUGCGCCUGACAAGAAUAGACCCUAAGACACUUCAUCAAUUGGUUAACGGUUCGUCUGAUGUUAAGCUUUACAGUAAAUGUUUUGUCCACGUCAAGAAGCUUCAACCGGAAAAAAAUCAAACAGUUUACUGUAUGGUUCACAGAUUGAAUGGUUGUAUUUGUCUUGGAUCCACCACCAACGAUUGAUCAUUUUUUUAGCAACACCCGAAAUUUGUUCAUUUUAAGGAGAUAUUUGGCACUAUGAUCCCACCUAGAGAUAGUUUUUUUGUUUGUUUUUUUGCCAUUUUUCCAUUAAAAAUUUCGUGAUUCUCCAUUAGAAUGUUAUAAUGAAGGCAAAGGUUUAGUUUUCCCCUUAAAAAUCCGACGUCACAUUUAAGAGCUCGCAUGUCAUGUCAGUACCUACAUAAAUUUUUACGUGUUUUAUAUGCCGUUUGAGCUGGUUGUAAACAGCCUAAAAUAGUAGACGUCUUCAUUAACUUCCCGUUUUGAUAAUCAAGUUACUUUCGCGCGGGUAUUUAAAAUGUUAAGCCGUUCAGUAAUACAAAUUUUGCAAGUGCAAUUUUAAA